UUCCAGUGCCAUUGAAUCAAAAGCUUUAGUGGCAGGUGAUGCAUUUGAUGUUCUUGACAGUCUACUAAAAAUGGUACCAGAACUUGUUGCUGAAGAUGUCCAACCUGUUGUUGAAGAGGAAAUUGAAUCUGAACCAGGUAUUGAACCAGAGGUUGAACCUGUUGUUGAAGAAGAAACAGAUCUUGAACAAGUUGUUGAACCUGAAGUUGAAUCUGUAGUUGAGAAAGAAGUUGAAUCCAAACCAGUUGUAGAAUCUGAGUUUGAACCUGUGGUUGAGAAGGAAUUUGAUUCUGAACUUGUUGUUAAGGAAGAUGUUGAAUCAAAACCAGUUCUUGAAUCAGAGGUUGAACCUGCUGUUGAGCAAGAAGAUGAGCCUGAGUCAUUUGUUGAAUCUGGGGUUGAUCCUAUAGUUGAGAAGGAAGUUAAAUCUGAACAAGUUAUUAAAUCUGAGGUUGAACCUGUAGUUGAGAAGGAAGUUGAAUCUGAACAAGUUGUUGAAUUUGAGGUUGAACCUGUUUUUGAGGAAGAAGUUGAGUCUGAACCAAUUCUUGAAUCAGAGGUUCAACCUGUUGUAGAGGAUGAAAGUGAGCCUAGGCCAUUUGUUGAAUCUGAGGUUGAAGCUGUAGUUGUGAAAGAAAUUGAAUUUGAACCAGUUGUUGAAUCUCAGUCAGAGCCUGUAGUUGAGAAGGAUGUUGAGUCUGAACCAGUUGUUGAAUCAGAUAUUCAACCUGUUGUUGAGGAAGAAGUUGAAUCUGAACCAGUUCUUGAAUCAGAGGACGAACCUGAUGUUGAGAAAGAAGUUGAGCCCGAGUCAUCUGUUGAAUCUGAGGUUGAACCUGUAGUUGAGAAGGAAGUUGAGACUAAACCAGUUGUUGAAUCAGAGGUUGAACCUGUUGUUGAGGAAGAAGUUGAAUCUGAACCAGUUCUAGAAUCAGAGGUUGAACCUGAUGUUAAGGAAGAAGUUAAAUCUGAAUCAGCUAAAACUGAACAUGAAAUUGUUCAAGAUAUUGAAUCUGAACCAGUUGUUGAGUCUGAACUUGUUGAACCAACCUUUGAGGCGCAGGUUAUUAAAACACAAGAAACUAAAUCAGAUGAAGAAGUUUCCAGGGCCAUUGAAUCGAAAGCUUUAGUGGUAGGUGAUGCAUUUGAUGUUCUUGAUAGUCUACUUAAAAUGGUACCAGAACUUGCUGCUGAAGAUGUCCAACCAGUUGUUGAAGAAGAAAUUGAAUCUGGACCAGGUAUUGAACCAGAGGUUGAACCUGUUGUUGAAGAAGAAACUGAUCUUGAACAAGUUGUUGAACCUAAAGUUGAAUCUGUAGUUGAGAAAGAAGUUGAAUCAAAACCAGUUGUAGAAUCUAAGUUUGAAGCUGUAGUUGAGAAGGAAUUUGAUUCUGAACCUGUUGUUGAGAGAGAUGUUAAGUCAAAACCAGUUCUUGAAUCAGAGGUUGAACCUGCUGUUGAGCAAGAAGAUGAGCCUGAGUCAUUUGUUGAAUCUGGGGUUGAUCCUGCAGUUGAGAAGGAAGUUAAAACUGAUCAAGUUAUUAAAUCUGAGGUUGAACCUGUAGUUGAGAAGGGAGUUAAAUCCGAACCAGUUCUUGAAUCUGAGGUUGAUCCUGUAGUUGAGAAGGAAGUUAAAUCUGAACAAGUUAUUGAAUCUGAGGUUGCACCUGUAAUUGAGAAGGAAGUUGAAUCUGAACAAGUUGUUGAAUUUGAGGUUGAACCUGUUUUUGAGGAAGAAGUUGAAUAUGAACCAGUUAAUGAAUCAGAGGUUGAAUCUGUAAUUGAGAAACAAGUUGAAUCUGAAUCAGUUGUUGAAUCAGAGGUUGAACAUGAUGUUGAGGAAAAACUUGAGCCUCAGUUAUUUGUUGAAUCUGAGGUUGAACCUGUAGCUGAGAAGGAAGUUGAGUAUGAACCAGUUGUUAAAUCUGAGGUCAAACAUGUAGUUGAGAAGAAAGUUCAUUCUGAACCAGUUGUUGAAUCUGAGGUUGAACCUGUAGUUGAGAAGGAAGUUGAAUCUGAACCAGUUGUUGAAUCUGAGGUUGAACCUGUAGUUGAGAAAGAAGUUGAGUCUGAACCAGUUGUUGGAUCAGAGGUUGAGCCUGUUGUUGAGAAAGAAGUUGAAUCUGAACCAGUUGUUAAAUCUGAGGUUGUCCCUGUUGUUGAGAAGGAAGUUGAAUCUGAACCAGUUGUUGAAUCUGAGGUUGAACCUGUAGUUGAGAAAGAAGUUGAGUCUGAACCAGUUGUUGAAUCAGAGGUUGAACCUGUUGUUGAAGAGGAAGUUGAAUCUGAGGUUGAACAUAUAGUUGAGGAGAAAGAAGUUCAUUCUGAACCAGUUGUUGAAUCUGAGGUUGAACCUGUAGUUGAGAAGGAAGCUGAAUCUGAACCAGUUGAUGAAUCUGAGGUUGAACCUGUAGUUGAGAAAGAAGUUGAGUCUGAACCAGUUGUUGAAUCAGAGGUUGAACCUGUUGUUGAGAAAGAAGUUGAAUCUGAACCAGUUCUUAAAUCUGAGGUUGACCCUGUUGUUGAGAAGGAAGUUGAAUCUGAACCAGUUGUUGAAUCUGAGGUUGAACCUGUAGUUGAGAAAGUUGAGUCUGAACCAGUUGUUGAAUCAGAGGUUGAACCUGUUGUUGAAGAGGAAGUUGAACCUGAGGUUGAACAUGUAGUUGAGGAGAAAGAAGUUCAUUCUGAAUCAGUUGUUGAAUCUGAGGUUGAACCUGUAGUUGAGAAGGAAGCUGAAUCUGAACCAGUUGUUGAAUCUGAGGUUGAACCUGUAGUUGAAAAAGAAGUUGAAUCUGAGGUUGAACAUGUAGUUGAGGAGAAAGAAGUUCAUUCUGAACCAGUUGUUGAAUCUGAGGUUGAACCUGUAGUUGAGAAGGAAGUUGAAUCUGAAUCAUUUGUUGAGCCUGAUAUUGAACCUGUAGUUGAGAAGGAAGUUGAACCUGAAGUUGAGAAAGAAGAUGAAUCUGAAUCAGUUGUUGAAUCAGAGGUUGAACAUGAUGUAGAGGAAGAACUUGAGCCUGAGUUAUUUGUUGAAUCUGAGGUUGAACCUGUUGUUGAGAAGGAAGUUGAGUAUGAACCAUUUGUUGAGGGAAAAGUUGAAUCUGAACCAGUUCUAGAAUCAGAGGUUGAACCUGAUGUUGAGGAAGAAGUUAAAUCUGAAUCAGCUAAAAUUGAACAUGAAAUUGUUCAAGAUAUUGAAUCUGAACCAGCUGUUGAGUCUGAACUUGUUGAACCAACCUUUGAGGCGCAGGUUAUUAAAACACAAGAAACUAAAUCAGAUGAAGAAGUUUCCAGGGCCAUUGAAUCGAAAGCUUUAGUGGCAGGUGAUGCAUUUGAUGUUCUUGAUAGUCUACUUAAAAUGGUACCAGAACUUGCUGCUGAAGAUGUCCAACCAGUUGUUGAAGAAGAAAUUGAAUCCGGACCAGGUAUUGAACCAGAGGUUGAACCUGUUGUUGAAGAAGUAACUGAUCUUGAACCAGUUGUUGAAUCUGAGGUUGAACCUGAAGUUGAUAAAGAAGUUGAGUCUGAACCAGUUGUUGAAUCAGAGGUUGAACCUGUUGUUAAAGAGGAAAUUGAAUCUGAAGUUGAACAUGUAGUUGAGGAGAAAGAAGUUCAUUCUGAACCAGUUGUUGAAUCUGAGGUUGAACCUGUAGUUGAGAAGGAAGCUGAAUCUGAACCAGUUGUUGAAUCUGAGGUUGAACCUGUAGUUGAGAAAGAAGUUGAGUCUGAACCAGUUCUUGAAUCAGAGGUUGAACCUGUUGUUGAGAAGGAAGUUGAAUCUGAACCAGUUCUUAAAUCUGAGGUUGACCCUGUUGUUGAGAAGGAAGUUGAAUCUGAACCAGUUGUUGAAUCUGAGGUUGAACCUGUAGUUGAGAAAGAAGUUGAGUCUGAACCAGUUGUUGAAUCAGAGGUUGAACCUUUUGUUGAAGAGGAAGUUGAAUCUGAGGUUGAACAUGUAGUUGCGGAGAAAGAAGUUCAUUCUGAACCAGUUGUUGAAUCUGAGGUUGAACCUGUAGUUGAGAAGGAAGCUGAAUCUGAAUUAGUUGUUGAAUCUGAGGUUGAACCUGUAGUUGAAAAAGAAGUUGAAUCUGAGGUUGAACAUGUAGUUGAGGAGAAAGAAGUUUAUUCUGAACCAGUUGUUGAAUCUGAGGUUGAACCUGUAGUUGAGGAGAAAGAAGUUCAUUCUGAACCAGUUGUUGAAUCUGAGGUUGAACCUGUAGUUGAGAAGGAAGUUGAAUCUGAAUCAUUUGUUGAGCCUGAUAUUGAACCUGUAGUUGAGAAGGAAGUUGAACCUGAAGUUGAGAAAGAAGAUGAAUCUGAAUCAGUUGUUGUAUCAGAGGUUGAACAUGAUGUAGAGGAAGAACUUGAGCCUGAGUUAUUUGUUGAAUCUGAGGUUGAACCUGUUGUUGAGAAGGAAGUUGAGUAUGAACCAUUUGUUGAGGGAGAAGUUGAAUCUGAACCAGUUCUAGAAUCAGAGGUUGAACCUGAUGUUGAGGAAGAAGUUAAAUCUGAAUCAGCUAAAAUUGAACAUGAAAUUGUUCAAGAUAUUGAAUCUGAACCAGCUGUUGAGUCUGAACUUGUUGAACCAACCUUUGAGGCACAGGUGAUUAAAACACAAGAAACUGAAUCAGAUGAAGUUUCCAGUGCCAUUGAAUCAAAAGCUUUAGUGGCAGGUGAUGCAUUUGAUGUUCUUGAUAGUCUACUAAAAAUGGUACCAGAUAUUGUUGCUGAAGAUGUCCAACCUGUUGUUGAAGAAGAAAUUGAAUCUGAACCAGGUAUUGGACCAGAGGUUGAACCUGUUGUUGAAGAAGUAACUGAUCUUGAACAAGUUGUUGAAUCUGAGGUUGAACCUGUAGUUGAGAAAGAAGUUGAAUCUGAACCAGUUGUUGAAUCAGAACCAGUUGUUGAAUCAGAGGUUGAACUUGUUGUUGAAGAGGAAGUUGAAUCUGAGGUUGAACAUGUAGUUGAGGAGAAAGAAGUUCCCACUGAACCAGCUGUUGAAUCUGAGGUUGAACCUGUAGUUGAGAAGGAAGCUGAAUCUGAACCAGUUGUUGAAUCUGAGGUUGAACCUGUAGUUGAGAAAGAAGUUGAGUCUGAACCAGUUGUUGAAUCAGAGGUUGAACCUGUUGUUGAGAAGGAAGUUGAAUCUGAACCAGUUCUUAAAUCUGAGGUUGACCCUGUUGUUGAGAAGGAAGUUGAAUCUGAACCAGUUGUUGAAUCUGAGGUUGAACCUGUAGUUGAGAAAGAAGUUGAGUCUGAACCAGUUGUUGAAUCAGAGGUUGAACCUGUUGUUGAAGAGGAAGUUGAAUCUGAGGUUGAACAUGUAGUUGAGGAGAAAGAAGUUCAUUCUGAACCAGUUGUUGAAUCUGAGGUUGAACCUGUAGUUGAGAAGGAAGUUGAAUCUGAAUCAUUUGUUGAGCCUGAUAUUGAACCUGUAGUUGAGAAGGAAGUUGAACCUGAAGUUGAGAAAGAAGAUGAAUCUGAAUCAGUUGUUGAAUCAGAGGUUGGACAUGAUGUAGAGGAAGAACUUGAGCCUGAGUUAUUUGUUGAAUCUGAGGUUGAACCUGUUGUUGAGAAGGAAGUUGAGUAUGAACCAUUUGUUGAGGGAGAAGUUGAAUCUGAACCAGUUCUAGAAUCAGAGGUUGAACCUGAUGUUGAGGAAGAAGUUAAAUCUGAAUCAGCUAGAAUUGAACAUGAAAUUGUUCAAGAUAUUGAAUCUGAACCAGCUGUUGAGUCUGAACUUGCUGAACCAACCUUUGAGGCACAGGUUCUUAAAACACAAGAAACUAAAUCAGAUGAAGUUUCCAGUGCCAUUGAAUCAAAAGCUUUAGUAGCAGGUGAUGCAUUUGAUGUUCUUGAUAGUCUACUAAAAAUGGUACCAGAUAUUGUUGCUGAAGAUGUCCAACCUGUUGUUGAAGAAGAAAUUGAAUCUGAACCAGGUAUUGAACCAGAGGUUGAACCUGUUGUUGAAGAAGUAACUGAUCUUGAACAAGUUGUUGAACCUGAGGUUGAAUCUGUAGUUGAGAAAGAAGUUGAAUCUGAACUAGUUGUAGAAUCUGAGUUUGAACCUGUGGUUGAGAAGGAAUUUGAUUCUGAACCUGUUGUUGAGGAAGAUGUUGAAUCAAAACCAGUUCUUGAAUCAGAGGUUGAACCUGCUGUUGAGAAAGAAGAUGAGCCUGAGUCAUUUGUUGAAUCUUGGGUUGAUCCUGUAGUUGAGACGGAAGUUAAAUCUGAACAAGUUAUUAAAUCUGAGGUUGAACCUGUAGUUGAGAAAGAAGUUGAUACGGAAUCAGUUGUUGUAUCUGAGGUUGAACAUGUUGUUGAGAAAGAAGUUGAGUCUGAACCGGUUGUUGAAUCAGAUGUUGAACCUGUUGUUGAGAAAGAAGUUGAAUCUGUACCAGUUGUGAAAUCUGAGGUUGAACCUGUAGUUGAGAAGGAAAUUGAUUCUGAACCAGUUGUUGAAUCUAAGCUUGAACCGGUCACUGAUAAGACAGUUGAAUCUGAACCAGUUUUUGAAUCUGAAGUUGAAUCUUUACCUAAUAAAGAAGUUGAGUCUGAACCAAUUCUUGAAUUAGAGGUUGAACCUGUUCUAGAGGAUGAAAGUGAGCCUAGCCCAUUUGUUGAAUCUGAGGUUGAAGCUGUAGUUGUGAAAGAAGUUGAAUCUGAACCAGUUGUUGAAUCUGAGCCUGAACCUGUAGUUGAGAAGGAAGUUGAGUCUGAACCAGUUGUUGAAUCAGAGAUUCAACCUGUUGUUGAGGAAGAAGUUGAAUCUGAACCAGUUCUUGAAUCAGAGGACGGACCUGAUGUUGAGGAAGAAGUUGAGCCCGAGUCAUCUGUUGAAUCUGAGGUUGAACCUGUAGUUGAGAAGGAAGUUGAGUCUGAACCAGUUGUUGAAUCAGAGGUUGAACCUGUUGUUGAGGAAGAAGUUGAAUCUGAACCACUUCUAGAAUCAGAGGUUGAACCUGAUGUUGAGGAAGAAGUUAAAUCUGAAUCAGCUAAAAUUGAACAAGAAAUUGUUCAAGAUAUUGAAUCUGAACCAGCUUUUGAGUCUGAACUUGUUGAACCAACCUUUGAGGCGCAGGUUAUUAAAACACAUGAAACUGAAUCAGAUGAAGAAGUUUCUAGGGCCAUUGAAUCAAAAGCUUUAGUGGCAGGUGAUGCAUUUGAUGUUCUUGAUAGUCUACUUAAAAUGGUACCAGAACUUGUUGCUGAAGAUGUCAAACCAGUUUUUGAAGAAGAAAUUGAAUCUAAACCAGGUAUUGAACCAGAGGUUGAACCUGUUGUUGAAGAAGAAACUGAUCUUGAACAAGUUGUUGAACCUAAAGUUGAAUCUGUAGUUGAGAAAGAAGUUGAAUCCAAACCAGUUGUAGAAUCUGAGGUUGAAGCUGUAGUUGAGAAGGAAUUUGAUUCUGAACCUGAUGUUGAGGAAGAUGUUGAAUCAAAACCAGUUCUUGAAUCAGAGGUUGAACCUGCUGUUGAGAAAGAAGAUGAGCCUGAGUCAUUUGUUGAAUCUGGGGUUGAUCCUGCAGUUGAGAAGGAAGUUAAAUCUGAUCAAGUUAUUGAAUCUGAGGUUGAACCUGUAGUUGAGAAGGAAGUUAAAUCCGAACCAGUUCUUGAAUCUGAGGUUGAUCCUGUAGUUGAGAAAGUAGUUAAAUCUGAACAAGUUAUUGAAUCUGAGGUUGAACCUGUAAUUGAGAAGGAAGUUGAAUCUGAACAAGUUGUUGAAUUUGAGGUUGAACCUGUUUUUGAGGAAGAAGUUGAAUAUGAACCAGUUGUUGAAUCAGAGGUUGAAUCUGUAAUUGAGAAACAAGUUGAAUCUGAAUCAGUUGUUGAAUCAGAGGUUGAACAUGAUGUGGAGGAAAAACUUGAGCCUCAGUUAUUUGUUGAAUCUGAGGUUGAACGUGUAGCUGAGAAGGAAGUUGAGUAUGAACUAGUUGUUAAAUCUGAGGUCGAACAUUUAGUCGAGAAGGAAGUUCAUUCUGAACCAGUUGUUGAAUCUGAGGUUGAACCUGUAGUUGAGAAGGAAGUUGAGUCUGAACCAGUUGUUGAAUCAGAGGUUGAACCUGUUGUUCAGAAAGAAGUUGAGUCUGAACCAGUUGUUGAAUCUGAGCCUGACCCUGUAGCUGAGAAGGAAGUUGAGUAUGAACCAGUUGUUAAAUCUGAGGUCGAACAUGUAGUCGAGAAAGAAGUUCAUUCUGAACCAGUUGUUGAAUCUGAGGUUGAACUUGUAGUUGAGAAGGAAGUUGAAUCUGAACCAGUUGAAUCUGAGGUUGAACCUGUAGUUGAAAAAGAAGUUGAAUCUGAGGUUGAACAUGUAGUUGAGGAGAAAGAAGUUCAUUCUGAACCAGUUGUUGAAUCUGAGGUUGAACCUGUAGUUGAGAAGGAAGUUGAAUCUGAAUCAUUUGUUGAGCCUGAUAUUGAACCUUUAGUUGAGAAGGAAGUUGAACCUGAAGUUGAGAAUGAAGAUGAAUCUGAAUCAGUUGUUGAAUCAGAGGUUGAACAUGAUGUAGAGGAAGAACUUGAGCCUGGGUUAUUUUUUGAAUCUGAGGUUGAACCUGUUGUUGAGAAGGAAGUUGAGUAUAAACCAUUUGCUGAAUCAGAGGUUGAACCAGUUGUUGAGGAAGGAGUUCAGUCUGAACCAGUUGAGAUUGAUCCUGUAGUUGUCCAAGAUAUUGAAUCUGGACCAAUCGUGGAGUCAGAACUUGUUGAACCCAAAUUUGAGGAGCAAGUUAUUAAAACACAAGAAAUUGAAUCAGAUGAAGAAGUUUCCAGAGCCAUUGAAUCAAAAGCUAAAGUGGCAGGUGAUGCAUUCGAUGUUCUUGAUAGUCUUCUAAAAAUGGUACCAGAACCUGUUGUUGAAGAAGAAAUUGAAUCUGAACCAGGUAUUGAAUCAGAGGUUGAACCUGUAGUUGAGGUAGAAGUUGAAUUUGAACAAGUUGUUGAACCUGAAGUUGAAACGAAAGUUGAGUCUAAACCAGUGCUUGAUUCUGAUGUUGAAUCUGUUGUCAAAGCAGAUGUUGAAUCUGAGCCAGUUAUUGAAUCAGAUGUUAAACCAGCUCUUGAGAAAGAAGAUGAGCCUGAGUCAUUUGUUGAAUCUGAAGUUGAACAUGAAGUUGGGAAAGAAAUAUGUUCUGAAACAGUUGUUGAAUCUGAGGUUGAACCUGUAGUUGAGAAGGAAGUUGAAUCUGAACCAGUUGUUGAAUCUGAGGUUGAACCUGUAGUUGAGAAGGAAGUUGAAUCUGAACCAUUUGUUGAAUUUGAGGUUGAACCUGUAACUGAGAAAGAAUUUGAGUCUGAACCAGUUGUUGAAUCAGAGGUUGAACCUGUAGUUGAGAAGGAAGUUGAAUCUGAACCAGUGGUUGAAUCAGAGGUUAAACUUGUUGUUGAGGAAGAAGUUGAAUCUGAACCAGUUCUUGAAUUAGAGGUUAAACUUGUUGAGGAAGAACUUGAAUCUGAACCAGUUCUUGAAUCAGAGGUUGAACCUGAUGUGGAGGAAAAAGUUGAGCCUGAGUCAUUUGUUGAAUCUGAGGUUGAACAUGUAGUGGAGAAAGAAGUUCAUUCUGAACAAGUUGUUGAAUCAAACGUUGAACCUGUUGUUGAGGGUGAAUUUGAAUCAAAAUUAGUUCUUGAAUCAGAGAUUGAACCUGUUGUUCAGGAAGAACUUGAGCCUGAACCAUUUGUUGAAUCUGAGAUUGAGCCUGUAACUGAUAAGGAAGUUGAAUCUAAACCAGUUCUUGAAUCAGAGGUUGAACAUAUUGUUGAGGAGGAAGUUAAAUCUGAACCUGUUAUUGAAUCAGAGGUUGAACCUGUUGUUGAGGAAGAAGCUGUGUGUGAACCAGUUGUUGAAUCAGAGGUUGAAACUGCUCUUGAGAAAGAAGAUGAGCCUGAGUCAUUUGUUGAAUCUGAGGUCGAAUCUGUAGUUGAAAAGGAAGUUGAAUCUGAACCAGUAGUUGAAUCUGAGGUUGAACCUGUUGCUGAUAAGGAAGUUGAAUCUGAACCAAUUGUUGAAUCUGAGGUUGAACCUGUUACUGAUAAGGAAGUUGAAUCUAAACCAGUUCUUGAAUCAGAGGUUGAACAUAUUCUUGAGGAGGAAGUUAAAUCUGAACUUGUUAUUGAAUCAGAGGUUGAACCUGUUGUUGAGGAAGAAGCUGUGUGUGAACCAGUUGUUGAAUCAGAGGUUGAAACUGCUCUUGAAAAGGAAGAUGAGCCUGAGCCAUUUGUAGAAUCUGUGGUCGAACAUGUAGUUGAUAAAGAAGUUCAUAGCGAACCAGUUGUUGAAUGUGAGGUUGAACCUGUUGUUGAGGAGGAAGUUGAGUCUGAACCAGUACUUGAAUCAGAGUUUAAACCUGUUGUUAUGGACAAAGUUGUGUCUGAACCAGUUGAGAAAGAAGUUCAAUCUCUUCCAGUUGUUGAAUCUGAGGUUGAACCUGUAGUUAAGAAGGAAGAUGAACUGGAACCAGUUGUUGAUCCUGUUGAUGAGAAGGAAUUUGAAUCUGAACCAGUUGAAGAAUCAGAGGUUGAACCUGUUGUUAAGGAAGAUGUUAAGUCUAAAUCAGUAAAAAUUGAACAUGAAGUUGUCCAAGAUAUUGAAUCUGAACCAGCCGUUAAGUCAGAAUUUGUUGAACCCACAUUUGAGGAGCAAGUUACUAAAACACAAGAAAUUGAAUCAGAUGAAGAAGUUUCCAGUGCCAUUGAAUCAAAAGCUAUAGUGGCAGGUGAUGCAUUUGAUGUACUUGAUAGUCUAUUAAAAAUGGUACCAGAACCCAUUGCUGAAGAUGUUCAACCUGUUGUUGAAGAAGAAAUUGAAUCUGAACCAUGUAUUGAAUCAGAAAUUGAAUCUCUUGUUGAGGAGGAAGUUGAUAGUGAAUCAGUUGAAGCUGAGGUUGAACCUAUUUCCGAUAAGGAAGUCGAAUCUGUUGAUGAGAAGGAAAUAGAGUCUGAUCUAGUUCUUGAAUCAGAUGUUGAACCUGUCCAAGAGAAGGAAGUUGAAUCUAAACUAGUUCUUGAAUCAGAGGCUGAACCUGUUGUUCAGGAUGAAGUUGUGUCUGAACCAGUUGUUGAAUCUGAGGUUGAACCUGUUGUUGAAACAGAAAUUAAGUUUGAACCAGUUGAAUAUGAGGUAGAACCUGUACUUGAGAAAGAAAUUGAAUCUGAAGCAGUGCUUGAAUCAGAGAUUGAACUUGUUGUUGAGGAAGAAGUCAAAUCUGAACCAGUUAUUGAAUCAGAGUUUGAACCUGUUGUUGAAGAAGAAGUUGUUUCUGAACCAGAUGUUGAAUCUAAGGUUGAACCUGUAGUUGAGGAAGUUGAAUCAGAGGAUGUUGUUCUUGACAAAGAGGAUGAUAUUGAAUGUGAAAGAAGUAGUAAUGUUGAAUCCCCUGAUUCCUCAAUUCUUGAAUCUCCUGUUUUAAUUGAUGAAUUUAACAAAAAUCAAAGUUAUAGAGUAGAAGAAAUGUUUAACACACUUUCUCAAAUGAUCAUUGAAAGUGGACAUAGUGAAGAAGAAUAUACAUCUGAAAUCAGAGUUGAAAGUGACAUUAUUGAUAAAGAGGUUAUUCAACAAGAGUCAAUUGUGCAAGCGCCGCACAUAACUGUUGUUGAAGAGCAUAUAGAACCUCAAACUGACCCUGUUCAAGAAGCUACAAUUAUUCCAAUUUUUACCUCAAAAGAAGCAUCAUGUUACACUUCUGGUCCUUUUAAAUAUAAUGACAAAGAUAAUAUUUUAUCAUACAUACCUGAGAAUGAAAUUGAGUCUGAACAAUUUUUUGAAUCUGAUGUUGAAGCAUUUGUUGAAGAAUGUGUUGUUGAAUCAGAGGCUGAUGCUGUAGUUGAGGAAGAAAAACAACCUGAACCAGUUGUUGAUACAGAGAUUGAACAUGUGGUUAUGGAAACUGUUCAGUCUGAACUAGUUGUUGAAUCGGAGGUUGAGCCUUUAUUUGAGGAAGAUGUUGAGUCUGAGCCAGUUGUUGAAUCCGAGGUUGAACCUGUUAAGGAAGUUGUUGAGUCUGAACCAGUUGUCAGAUCUGAGGAUGAACCUGUAGUUGAAGAGAUUGAAUCUGAGGUUGAACUUGUUGUUGGUGAAGAAGUUGAAUCUGGGGUCGUUGUUGAGUCAGAAGUUGAAGUUGCAGUUGAGAAAGGUGUUGAGUUAGAACAAGUUGCCAGAUCAGAGGUUGAACCUAUAGUUGAAGAAGAAGUUAGAUCUGUGCCUGUUGUUGAAGAAGUUGAGUCUGAACCACUUGUUCAAUCAGAAACUGAACCUGUAGCUGAUAAGGAAGUUGAAUCUGAGCAAAUUGUUGAAUCACAGGGCGAAUGUGUUGAUGCGGAAAAAGUUUGGCAUGUACCUGUUGUUGAAUCAGAGGUUAAACCUGUUAAAGAAAAAGUUGAAUCUGAAGUAGUAGUUGAAUCAGAAAUUAAACCUGCAGAUUUUGGAUCAGAGGUUGGACCUUUGUUGGAGGAUAGAAUUAAAUCUGAAACAAUUGUUCAAUCAGAAGCAGAGCCACAUGUUCAAGAAGACAUUGAACCAGCUGCAAGAUCAGUAGAUCUAGAUACACUUCGCUCUCCUGAUCGCUUUUCAUCAAGAUCUGUGUCACCAAGGAGUGAUGGAGCUUCACCUCAACUACUUGUAGAUGCUUCUACUGUUCUACAGGAUCUACUCAAUUAUACAGAUGAACCUGAAAUAACUACUGAUUCGGAAAGUGAAGCUGCACUUGACCAACUUGUUCAACAUGAAUUAUCUGAAAUCAAGGAAAUGCCACCAACUGAAUUCAACGUAUCUAGUGAAUCUGAUAAGUCAUUGGGGGAUAGUGUUGAGAAAGGACAGGAAAGCCCAGUAAGUUCUACACCAACAACACCAUCUAGAGUUAAGCUUAUAGCCCCUAAAAGUCCAGGUCUUGGACUUAACCUUGUUAGUGAAUUGAUAGACACAACAAUUGCUAUUGACCCUAUUGAAGAUAUCCAGUCUGAAAGUGAAACAAAAGUUGUCAUAGAGAAACAAGUAGAAAGUGAACUUCGAGGAACAAUUCAAAGUGGAAUCGAAGUCGAUGUAGAGAAACAAGUAGAAAUUGAGCCUCUACAAGAGCCGAUUCAAAGUGAAAUCGAAGUCGACAUAGAGAAACAAGUAGAAAUUAAGCCUCUCAAAGAGCCGGUCCAAAGUGAAAUCGAAGUUGAUAUUGAGAAACAAGUAGAAAUUGAGUGUCCGCAAGAGCCGAUCCAAAGUGAAAUCGAAGUCGACAUAGAGAAACAAGUAGAAAUUGAGUCUCCCAAAGAGCCGAUCCAAAGUGAAAUUGAAUUCGAUAUAGAGAAACAAGUAGAAAUUGAGCCUCUCCCAGAGCCGAUCCAAAGUCAAAUCGAAUUCGACGUAGAGAAGCAAGUAGAAAUUGAGCCUCUCCAAGAGCCGAUCCAAAGCGAAAUCGAAGUCGACAUAGAGAAGCAAGUAGAAAUUGAGCCUCUCCAAGAGCGGAUCCAAAGUGAAAUCGCAGUCGACAUAGAGGAACAAAUAGAAAUUGAGCCUCUCAAAGAGCCAGUCCAAAGUGAAAUCGAAAUCGACAUAGAGAAACAAGUAGAAAUUGAGCCUCUCCAAGAGCCGAUCCAAAGUGAAAUCGAAGUCGACAUAAAGAAACAAGUAGAAAUUGAACCUCUCCAAGAGCCGAUCCAAAGUGAAAUCGGAGUCGACAUAGAGAAACAAGUAGAAAUUGUGCCUCUCAAAAUGCCGGUCCAAAGUGAAAUCGAAGUUGAUAUUGAGAAACAAGUACAAAUUGAGCCUCCCCAAAAGCCGAUCCAAAGUGUUAUCGAAGUCGACAUAGAAAAUCAAGGAGUAAUUGUGCCUCCCCAAGAAUCCAUUUACAGUGAAAUUGAAGUUGACAUUGAGAAACAAGUAGAAAUUGAGCCUCCCAAAGAAUCCAUUCACACUGAAAUUGAAGUUGACAUUGAGAAACAAGUAGAAAUUGAGCCUCCCCAAAAAUCCAUUCACAGUGAAAUCGGAGUCGACAUUGAGAAACAAGUAGAAAUUGAGCCUCCACAAGAGCCGAUCCAAAGUGAAAUCGAAGUUGACAUAGAGAAACAAGUAGAAAUUAAGCCUCUCCAAAAGAUUAUCGAUGUAGAAAAGGUUGUUGAUAUCGCACAGUAUCAGAGUGUAAUUGAAAUCGAUGCUGUGAAGCAGUCUGAGUUAAGAAUCCAAGAAGCAUACUAUAAACAGCAUGAGAUUGACAUUGAGAAGCAAGUGGAUAUUGAGGCUUCUCUAGAACCAAUCCAAAGUGAAAUCAAACUCAACAUUGAGGAACAAGAAGAGGUUGAGCCUCUUCAAACACUGACCCAGAGUGAUUUUGAAAUUGACAUUAAAAAGAUUGUUGAUAUCGCACAGUAUCAGAGCAUUGUUGAAAUAGAUGAUUUAAAAGAAUCUGAGAAGAGAAUACAAGAAGCUUACUAUCAACAGCAUGACAUUGAGAAAGAAGUAGAACUUGAAGUUGACAUCAAGGAACAAGUGGUAAUUGAGCCUCCCAAAAAGCCAGUUCAAAGUGAAUUUGAAAUGGACAUUAAAAAGGUUGUUGACAUUGCACAAUAUGACGAUGGUAUUGAAAUUGAUGCUGUGAAGCAAUCUGAAUUGAGAAUUCAAGAAGCAUAUUAUCAAGAGCAUAUAGAAGGAACACAGAAAGAAAAAACAGAGAGACAUUUUGCUUUAGUAGAUGUAUCAGUAGAAAAAUCAAUAGAUACUCAAACUACUUUGCAUCAAGAACUUGUGUGUGAUUCGGAAACUGUAGAACAACAUAGACAUUCAGAGGUAGCUAGUGUGGAACUUACCAAACAAUUAGACAUAACAGGCAUGCCAUUAGAUAUUGAAAAACAGAGUUAUGAUGACCUCUCCAUUUCAGAAGUCACUGCCAUAUCCAAGCAAGUGGAGAAAGAAGUCCUGAUUGAAACUCAGCCAGAGUAUGAAAUUCAAAUCAAAGUAGGCAAAGCCAUGAGUUAUGAUCGAGAGCAAACAUAUAAACGUAUGGUAGAAGUUCAUACUGAUAAAACCCCAUCAGAAAGCUCUGAAGAACUACCUGGGAGGACAGAUCAGGACCAGGAUAUGAUGGUUGAGGUACCACACAGGGAUAUAUCUGUUGAAAUAUCUGUUGAAAAACAAGAUUCAACUGAUUCAACUGAACACAUCGAGAGACAAGUGCAGUCACCACGUAAACAAAUUACAACAUACACACAACGUGCUGAGUCUUUUAGUGCUGCUGAGCAACAGCUGCCCGAACAAAUGAUAGAAGUAGAUGUAUCUACAGGGGAAGUUGUUGGUUUACACCCAGCAAGUGAUGAAAUACAGAGGAUAGUAGAAACAGAAAUGUACUCUGCCCCAAUUGUAAUUGACUCAUUUACAGAGAGAACAGAAGAACAAUGUGUUGAAAAACGAGAACAAGUGUUUAGUGACAAAAGUAUGCUUCCAGCAGAAUCAGCAGAGGAAUACAAAGAACCUGAUGAUGUUCAACCAGUCGCUAUGAUCUCCUCUGAAAGCUCACAGUAUGUACAUCCAAAAGAACAAAAAUCAACAGAAACUACCAGAAUCUUUGAAACAGGUGUUGGCGAGUCUGUGGCAUUUGCCAUCAAGAUAGCCUUAAAGCCCAGCCCAAGAGAUUCAGACAGUAUCAGUCAUACAUCAAGUGAACUGAGUGCAGAUCAAGCUCUGAUAGAGCCAGCUCCCUACAUUGAAUAUCGACCUGCAAGUGUGAAAGAUGAAGCAGCCACUCCUGAUGAUGUCAUGUAUGAUAGCUUACAACAAGAUGAUUUCUCACAUCAUAUGACCACUGACACUCAUGUAGCCUCCCCUGAUUCUCUUGAUGAUCAUGCAAUAAGUAAAGAGCCUCUAUUGUCUGAAGAUUCCUUAGAUGUGACUUCACCUGAUACUGACAUUCCAGACACAGUCAAAGAAGACACUAGUAUUGGUGAUGAACAAACCCUUAUAGAAAGUGAGUUUGAUACAUCCCCAGAUGAAACCAGUAUUCCAACAGAGCCAUUGCCAAGUACAGUGUCUGUAGAUUCACUUAUGUCUGCAUCUGUAACAUCAUCUGUACCAUCUGACAGCAUGGCUGUGUCUGCUGAUUCUUUGGAUGGUGACUUACCAGACAAGGUAGAUGUUGAUAACCAAGAAUGUAAGUUACUGUAUGAUAUUUCUGAAAAGAAUUUAGAUGAGUUAUCUGAUGAUUUAACUGGGUUCAGUAAAAGUGAAAGUUACAUGGAAAAACGGGUCAUGUUUAGUGAAACAGUUGUUACUAAAUCUUUAUCUGUAGAGGAAUAUUCUAAGUCAGAUGUUCAAACCGGUUACAUUAAGUCAGCUGUUCAAAUAGAUGAUAAUAAAAAUGUAGAACCAACAAAGGAUAUUCCCACACAGUUCUUAGGUGCUAAGGUUGAUGAACUUGAUAUGUCUGAAAAGUUGACUGAGGAAAAGGCUGUCAUGCAAGCAAGCAUGAUAUCUGAUGAUUCAGCCAUAAAAAGUGACAAUGAUAUGAGCUCAGAGUCGGACACUGAGAGAGUUGAAGUAAGGGAUCAAAUGGUUGAAAGUUGUUAUCUGUCUGAUGAUGGAGUGGCAGAACCGAUGUCUACAGGCUCUAGUUCAGCUGAGUCAGAUGCAGAGGUGGAUUCUCCAUUUUCAUCUUCACCCGAACAAGAGGUUGAUUUGGAGCAGCGACAACAGGAGUCUAGUUAUCAAACUGAAGAAGUCAUUUCAUUGGAACAAAGAGAAGAAAUCCAAACCUCAAAAGAAUAUAUAGAGGACAAAUUUCUUCCAGAACAGAUAGUUCAAGCAGAGCACAUUGAUGCACCAAUGGCGGACACUUUAUCUGCAUCCGUGUUAUCAACUGAUAGUGAAGAGGUGUUCCAUACUAAGGAUAAAUCAGUUUUCCAGGAAGAGACAUUGAUUCAGACUGAUCUAGAUUAUACGGAGGAAGAUGACAGAGCCACCCCUGUAUUUGACCAACAAGCUUCAGCUGAACCUUUAAGUAGAAUUAGUGUUGAUAUGUCAGAGCAGAUCUUUAUUGAACAAUCAAUAGAAACUGAGAGAGCAUCACUUGAAAGUGAUCAGAAAAGCAUUCCAGAUAUUGAAAUAAAAGGAAGUGAUUUAAAACCUGUAAGUGAAACUGAUAAAAAAGAGCUGGAACAGGUAACUUCUGAAGACCCUUCUACUAUUCAAAUUGAAUCUCCAAUAAAAUCUGAUGAACACACUCCAAGCGAUAUUUCAUCCACAACUGCAAUGGAAGCUAAGGAAAUAUUUGAAGCAUUACUAAAGGUCUCUGAAGGAUAUAGCUCAGAUUCCGAAAGCUCAAAAGAUGAAAAGACUGAAGAUUCUGACAAUAUACCAACACAUAAAGAACUUGAUGAUACUGAUGUAACCAAAGAACAAGAUAUGACCAAGCAAAAAUCAAAGCAUGAAGCUUCUGUCUCAUUGGACACUGAAUUAACACAUACUGACCAAACUGUAGAAUCAACUGUUCCAUCUGAGCAGGCUACUGACACAACUGACACUUCAGAACACCUGAGUGAUGCAACUGCCUUGCCGGUAGACCACACACUUUAUGAAGGUACUUAA